AAUAUCUCGCGUUCUGUUCGUGGUUGGCGAUGAAUCUACUUGAAGCACAAGCAGCAGUGCAAGUCUACUCUAUAAGUCAGCGACCGACCGCAUCAACAUGAACAUCGUCGAUCAAAGUUGAGAAAAGAUCGAGUUCGAGCUGCACAUCCAUUUACUUAAUUAUGUCAUGGUUUUUAGACAACUCCAUGAGUCCCAAGAGUAGGAUCCGAAAAGUAAAUUUUUCACAACGACGAGAAACUUUGAGGAUCUGUGUUUGUAUUGAUGGUUCUCCGCAGUUUGGCCUGGUAUAUCUCACCACCGGCAGAAACACUUUUUCUUCAAGCACAACUUGUUAGUAACACAUGCACAGCGAGGUGUAGUAACAAGUAGAAAACAUUGAGAUGUAUCACAAGCACGUAGCUAUGUCACUCCACAACCCACUAACAUCUUUUAAAACUUUUGCAGCAAUUGCGCCCUCGCCCCUAACCCUAUACAACAAAAUCGGCUUCGAAUAGUACGCUCCACGUUUUCGAACGCAGCUACUAGCACAACAUCAAAGCGACCUAAGUUUUUCUUCACCUUUCGGAAAAUCUAAAUCGUCGCGAGCCCUAAAAGAAGAUGUUCUUCCAACUGCAGAUGAAGUCCUCGCGACUCUCGAAGGCCGCAGCCGGGGUGCUUCUGUUUGGCUGCUCGACGUCGACGCAGACUCUUAUUACAGCGCAGCUUCCCACCCUCUUUGUCGCGGCGAAAGAAAAGAAACAAGGAGCGGCGAAAAAAGCAGCUUCGACAUCAACAAAUGAAGAUGGGAUUAACAAAUCAAAAAAGACAGCCACGAACACUGGAGGUAGUAAGAAAGCUGCUGCGAUAAAAAAUGAUGAGCACACGACGACCAAAGUGCAAGAAGGUUCAUCUCCGGAUCUUGAGCAGGAAGAGCCUGAGCCGACCCCGUUUAUUACACCAACACUUUUCUUUCUUCUGCUGACCACCUCCGUCGCGAGCGUGGCUGGUGCGUACGCGGUCGGGCUCGUGGGGUCAGGCUCGAAGAUCCGGGGCGGGAAAAGUAGCAAAGGCUUACAAGUCACGAUUCUGGGGCAGAACAAUGCGGGAAAAACGGCGCUGCUCUUUGCCCUCCGGGACGACGAAAAGCAAAUGAAGCUGGUGAGCAGUUAUGCAUUGCAAAUAUGUCCGGGUCUGGAAGGACGCGAACUUGUCAUGCUAAGUCUGGAUCGUGCAAAAAUUUGUGUUGCAUGGUUACCAAAAGGUGUCCACUUUUGAACAAGUUUAGAUAGAGGCAGUUUGUCAUGCAGGAUAGACCUGAUAGAGACUUCGCAGAACCUGUCAUGCUAGGUCCUUCAUUGCAGACCUCAUGGGGCAUGGAAAAUAUGCAUGACAAGUUUGCACUCUUCCAGACCCAGACAUAUUUGCAGUGGGUAGCAGUCUGAAAAUCACCAGUGCGAGCUUCGAGCUCGAACACCGGCAAGGAGGAGCCUAUGAACUGCAAAAGUAUCGUACUCGUAUGAAUGCAAUGCAAAUUUUCUCAGCAUGAGAAAUGAAAUUUGCCAUGCUAAUUUACCUUAAGAAAAAUAUUUGUAAUGCAAGACUUGCAUUUAUACGAAUGCGAUACUUUUGCACAGGAUAGAGCCACAAGUGAGACCACCACGACCGCGGGAAUAGAUAAAACGAGCCCAACGAACAGUCGCAAACCAGAACAAACACAAACAGCACGCGCAGAGGACAAAGAUGAAAUCACAACCUCCUACACGAAGCCAACUUUUCCGAUCUCGCUGACCGAGUGUCCGGGCCACCCGCGGAUGCGCACGGCCGUCCGCCAGGAGCUGUUGAAUCGGAGUCAGCCUCUGCACUGCGUCCUGUUUGUCAUCGACGGGACGGAUAUGAGAGUGCACAACUACUCCCCGGCCCCCUCAUUUGUAUGGCAUGAACAAGCUGCAAUACAAACGCCAGCACUCCUGGAGACUUUGCAUGACAAGCUCACCUGCCGAAAGUAGUACUGUUUGGUCUUCCGUAAUUUGUCAUGCAAACAGUGCCAGAGGGCAGCAAAUCGAUUUGCGGUAAGCGAGAAGUAAGGAAAAGAUAAUCAUAAUAUUAGUGCCCGGGAAUGAAGAUAUACUCGCGAUACUUUUCGCGGUUCUGACCCUAGAUCUCCUGCGGCCGUAGCUGCUUGCAGCGACGGUGCAAAGGUUUUCGAUGUGGUGCAGUCGGGUAUGCGUGACAAAUGAGGGGGAGCGGGAGUUGUGCACUCUCAUGACGGACAAGGUGGAGUUGAAGAACGCCGCGGAAUUUUUGUACGACCUGUUCACGGACAAGGAGCUGAUCACCCAGGUCUUCAGCACUGCGAAACUGCUGCUCGUCGUGAACAAGAUGGACAAGAUGACGCGGCCGGAACGAAUGGUGCUCGAGGAACUCGAGCGGGAGAUCGAGCGGAUGCGACAGUCGCGCGCGUGCGCGUUAGAGAACCAAGACGCCGCGGACCAGUACUUGGGCGUCGAGGGGGAAAAGUUCAAAUUGAAGGACCACGCGCCGAUGGGAUCCACCGCGACCUGCUGUGUCUCGAUUUUGAACGACAAAAACAUGCAACUGGUUCGGGAUUUUCUCGCGCAAGCAGCGGCGGAAAAAGGGUUUCUGUACUGAGAAUUAUAAUUGUCAUUGAAGAUUGGUCUUGCUAGUGUUCGUGGUCAGCAUCACGACCACGCGCACAGAAAAAUAUUAACCCCGAUUUCAUUUCGCAGUGCAAAAAUUUCAAACCAGAGAAAUGAUUGCAAGAAGUAGCAAGCUUCUUGUGCAGCUGCUCGUCCGUCCUCCCCGACGAGGAGCCAAAACGACCCAAGAAACUACAAAACGGCCAUCCUUAGUAUCUCGACUUCUAUGUUGUGUGACUGUGGUCUCGCCUGAUUUAAUUGAUCUUGAAAAUGAGAACAGCGCAAGCUUGCUGAGCAAAGAGCAUGAUGGAGAACACUAUUGCUAUUGCACUACUUCUCUGAGCACCAGCAUUAAUAUGCCGCCUACCUGUU